UUCUGCCUAUUACCAGUAUUGGCAGGAGGAGGAGGAGGAGGAGGAGGAGAACAAUGGGACACACCACUAUCUUAUCUCUUGCCUUCUUUAUCCUCGCCCUCGUCGCAUUCGCCGGCGCACGCCCGGCCAAUUUCCUCCAAGACUUCCGCAUCACCUGGGCAGGAACUCACAUCAAGCAGCUGCAAGGCGGCAGUGCAAUUCAACUGAUGCUCGAUCCCUCCUCUGGUUGUGGGUUCGCUUCCAACAAGCAGUACCAUUACGGACGCGUUAGCAUGAAGAUUAAGCUCAUCCCCGGCGACUCCGCAGGAACUGUCACCGCUUUCUAUAUGAAUUCGGACACCGACGCCGUCCGCGACGAGCUGGACUUCGAGUUCUUAGGGAACAGGAGCGGUCAGCCAUACACGGUCCAAACCAACAUUUACGCUCACGGGAAGGGCGACCGGGAGCAGAGAGUUAAUCUCUGGUUCGACCCUGCGGCAGACUACCAUACCUACACUAUCCUCUGGAACCAUUUCCAUGUCGUCUUCUCCGUCGAUGACGUGCCGAUUAGGGUGUACAAGAACAACGAAGGCAGAGGGAUACCGUACCCCAAGGUGCAGCCCAUGGGAGUGUACUCCACCCUGUGGGAGGGCGACGACUGGGCGACGCGAGGUGGGCUGGAGAAGAUCGACUGGAGCAAGGCGCCCUUCUACGCCUACUACAAGGACUUCGACAUCGAGGGCUGCGCCGUCCCCGGCCCGGCCAACUGCGCCUCCAACCCCAACAACUGGUGGGAGGGGUCGGCGUACCGGCAGCUGAGCCCGGAGCAGGCCAGGAAGUACCGGUGGGUGAGGGCCAACCACAUGAUCUACGACUACUGCACCGACAAGCCCCGGUACCCGGUCCCGCCGCCGGAAUGCUUCGCCGGCAUCUAAGAUAUAUAGCAGAGUGUGUGUGUGUGUGUGUUUGUGUUUGUGCCGAUCAGGUGAAAGGCAUCAUGCAAUAAGGUUCCAUUUGUGCUCGAGUCACACUGUUUAUCUUUACUCUGUCAUUGUAGCGUGAUUAUCUACUUAUGCAAUAAGGAAGAAUUGUAUUGGAUGUAAUUUACCGGAAUAAAUGAAGAACAGUUUUAUUGGAUG